AUGUGUCUUCUCGCAGGCCAGAGACAAUGUUCUUCCAAGAAAGGGCCUGGCUCUGGUUGUUCAUCAGAGUAUGCAUCAUUCUGGGACAUGAACACAAAGUCCCUGACCAGCAUGGGAAAAACAAUUGCUAUCAGCUUAACAGACUUUGCUCCAGCUUCCAAGAAGCAGAACAGCACUGCCGUGGCCAGGGAGGACACCUGGCUAACACUUGGACCCAAGAGAGAGAAGAUCACCUGCCGGACAGAUGUCACCAACCGGCUCCUGAGAAUCUUCCCACCAGGGCCUUUGAUGACAAGGCUCACCAGUCCUGUGUCUACAUCCCCUGCUGGAAGAUCUCUGGCAGAUACCACUUGGAGCCCAAAGGAAGACUCUCACUCAGGAGGUGAUACCACCCACCCACAAACAUCAUUUCAGAAUGCAUCCAGUCAGGUCAUGAAUGAGACAGUGGGGAAGUUGAGACCAACAGUUCCUGGUUUACAAGCUCAUAGUGAGUUACAGAAUGCUUGCAACAUCCUCCAGAGACUGAAAGACUUCCUUCCCACAUCACCUACACCAGCUCAGGUCAGUGUAGUCGAUUUACUCAUUGACCUGAGUGAGCAGUUGCUGAACAUCACAUUUCAGAAAAACAAAAGCUGGAGCUUCAAAACUCCUUCAACUACCUGCUUCUUUCAGCCUGUUGAAGGUACAGUGAAAAGUGGAAAAGAAAGUCAGCAGACCUCUCUGAAAAACACUGAGCAGGUUGAAGACAUGCUGGAGAUGUUCUUGAUAGCCCUGGGGGAGAUCCAGAAAGCAUUUUUCCAGCAGAGCCUGUCUCCAGAGUCUUCAGUGACUUUGACCUCUUCCAUAGCUACUCUAAUGUUGAGCAGCCAAAACACAUCAACAUUGCCUCUGAGUACAUACACUCUGGGUGGCCCUGCACCAUUGAGGUUAAGAUUUCCAUCAGCUGCAGCUCUGAAGGAGCUGCUGGAUAAACACCCAGGAAUGAACCUGCAGAUAAUGGGCCUGGCUUUCAACCCCUUUGAGAUGCUGGAUGGCAGGAACACUGUUGGAGUCAUUGGGAAUGUGUUACUAAGCUCUAACUACAGAUCACUCCAAGUCCACGAUUUAAUGGAGGAUAUUGAGAUAAUGUUCUGGAGAAAUGCCAGCAUGGAAACUCACCCCACCAGCCUCAACGCCAGCACAGACCGUUUCACAAUCACAGUAAACAUCACUUCCUUGGAGAAAUCCCUCAUUGUGACCAUUGAGCCAGAAAAGCCCCUUCUAAUGACACUCUACCUGGGCUUCCAGGACCAGCCUGACCACGCUCACUUCCACCUGGACAUCACCCUUCCAAGAGGCCAGGUGUGGCAGAAAGAUGAGGAGUACACAUGGUUGCUGUCUCCAGAGAGCCUGCAGUAUGGGACUGGUACCUACAACAUAACAGCCGUGGUGAAUCAAAGUUCAGAGACCACACUGCAGACUCCUUUCCUGGUCUCCGUGGUAACAGCUGUCACCCAGUGUUAUUUUUGGGACACAUACAACAGGACAUGGAGGAGUGAUGGAUGCCAAGUGGGGCCGCAGAGCACAGCUUUGAAGACACAGUGCCUCUGUAACCACUUGACCUUCUUUAGCGCCGAUUUCUUCAUUGUGCCAAGGACAGUGCGUGUGGAAGACACAAUCAAGCUGUUUCUUCAUGUGACCAACAACCCUGUUGGGGUGUCGUUGCUGGCCAGCCUUUUAGGACUUUAUGUCAUCUUAGUCAUGUGGGCUUGGAGGAAGGAUCAAGCAGAUGAGCAGAAGGUGAAGGUCACUGUCCUGGCUGAUAAUGACCCCAGUUCUCAAUUCCACUACGUUGUGCAGGUCUAUACUGGAUAUCGAAGACAAGCUGCUACCACAGCUAAGGUUGUUAUCACCCUCUAUGGCUCAGAGGGACAUAGUGAGCCCCAUCACCUUUGGGACCCACAGAAGAUGGUCUUUGAACGUGGGGCACUGGAUGUCUUCCUUCUUUCCACUAGGUCCUCUCUGGGGGAGCUGCAUGGCCUUCGGCUAUGGCACGACAAUUCAGGAGGCAGCCCUGCUUGGUAUGUAAGCCAGGUGAUCGUCAGUGACAUGGCUGCGAAGAGGAAAUGGCAUUUCCUGUGCAGCUGUUGGCUGGCCACAGACCUAGGAGACUGUGAGCGUGAUGUGGUCUUCAGGCCAGCCUCAAGGAAAGAGCUCUCUUCCUUUAGACACCUGUUUUCUUCCAUGAUUGUAGAAAAGUUCACCCAGGACUACCUGUGGCUUUCAGUUGCAACUCGACAUCCCUGGAACCAGUUUACAAGAGUCCAGAGGCUCACCUGCUGUAUGACGCUGCUUCUCUGCGACAUGGUCAUCAAUGUCAUGUUCUGGAAGAUGGGUGGCACCCCUGCGAAGAGGGGUAGGCAAAAGGAUCCAUUUACUGUGACCUGGUCAGAGCUGUUCAUCAGCGUCCAGACUGCUGCCAUCCUCUUCCCUAUCCAUCUUGUCAUUGGGCGGCUCUUCCCAUUGAGUCAACCACAGGAAAUACUGCCCCCACUUCCUCCCAUCCAGGCCUCUUGCCCUUUAAGUGUUGCUUGUGAGCCUCCCUCUCUAACAAAAGUGGUUGAGGAAUUAAAGGAAACUGUGGGAUUCUUGCUCAGAAGAAAUACACAUCUACUCUCAGAGUAUGAACUAUCUUCAUGGAGUUCUUGUGACACUAACAAGCUGGUGAAGCUUUUAUCCAGCCUCAUUUAUUCUCACGUAGAAGAUCGAGGCUGUUACCGGCUGGCAGGAUCCCACUGGGCGAAUGAGGUUUCUGAAAACCAUCGUCACUUCUGCCGCUACUUACUCCAAGUGCUGCAGAGAUUGAAAUCUCACUUAGAUGUGCUAGGUCUUGCCCGGGUCCACCAGUCCUGUGACUUCUUAGAAGCAGCCAGUCAUCUUCAAAACCUCCAGAAACUCCUGGAGGCACAGAUUCUUUCCAGAGAGCAAGGGCCAAGCAGGGACACAACCAGUUUCCCCAUCCUGAGCCCAGAAGAAGGGAAGAAGCUCGAGUCUGUUUACCUGUUCACGUGGUUGACUUCUACCUGCUGGCUCCUCCUAGGUGUCAUUAGCCUGGCUUCAGCUUUUUUUAUAGCACUUUAUACCUUGGAAUUGAGCAAAGACCAAGCCACCAGCUGGGUUGUUUCAAUGAUGUUAUCAGUGCUUCAAGACAUCUUCAUCAGCCAGCCAAUGAAGGUGAUCUUCCUCACAUUCUUCUUCUCAGUGAUGAUGAAUCAAGUACCACAGCUUAACAAAGACAAGGAACAACAAACCAAGAGAAUUGUGGCACUUUGGGCAAAAUGUUCUUCACUGUUACCCAGUGUGAGAGACGAGAACAACCCCAUCUAUAGAGCCCCAGCUAUGACUAGUCCAGCCAAGCGCCCAGAGAGAGAGUGGAAAAAGAACCUGCUCAAGCUGACCGGAGAUGUGCUGGUACAAACCCUCUUCCUGGUCCUACUGAUGACUACAAUCUACUCUGCAAAGAACUCCAAUCAGUUUUUCCUCCAUCAAGCCAUCUGGAAGAGUUUUUCUCACCAUUUCUCAGAAAUCAAGCUUCUUGAGGAUUUCUAUCCCUGGGCCAACCACACCCUUCUUCCUAACCUAUAUGGGGAUUACAGAGGAUUUAUUACUGAUGGAAACUCCUUUCUUCUGGGCAAUGUUUUGCUUCGUCAGAUUCGCAUUCCUAAUGCCAUACUCUCCCCAGUGUCUGUCCAAGAACAAGUGAAGCCAUAUCCCCAACAUCAGGAGGAUACAGCAAACUAUGGGGUUGGCUGGGGCCCCCCUGAUCCAAACACCACACAGUCAGACAGCAUUUGGCAUUAUCAGAAUCAGGAGUCACUCGGUGGCUCUCCUAUCCAAGGGGAAUUUGCCGCUUACUCAGGAGGAGGCUAUGUUGUGAGACUUGGAAGAAAGUCCAGUACUGCAACCAGAGUCCUACAGCACCUCCAGCAGACACACUGGCUAGAUCAUUGCACAAAAGUACUCUUUGUGGAAUUUGUUGUCUUCAAUGCUAACGUGAACCUGUUCUGUGUUGUGACCCUAAUUUUGGAGUCCACUGGUGUAGGGCCCUUCUUCACCUCUCUAAGACUGGACAGUUUAACCUCCCUUCAGAUAGCAGAGAGGGGCUUUGCCUGGAUUGUCUCACAAGUCAUCUACUAUCUACUCAUCUGCUACUACACGUUCAUACAGGGUCGCCGGCUGAAACGACAGAGGUGGAGAUUCUUCACUAGGAAAAGAAACAUUCUGGACACAAGCAUAAUCCUCAUUAGCUUCAACAUCUUGGGACUCGACCUGUGGUGUAUUUCUCUGCAUCAUAAAAACAUGCUGCGAUACCAUCAUGACCGGGACAGAUUUGUCAAUUUCCAUGAGGCCCUGCAAGUGAGCUCUGCUGUCAUAUACCUCAUGGGCUUCCUAGUUCUUUUGGCAACUGUUCAGCUGUGGGAUCUGCUUCGACAUAACCCCCAGUUCCAGGUCAUCAGCAAAACAAUGAACAAAGCCUGGGACGAAGUGGUGGGCUUUCUGCUGAUCAUCCUGAUCUUGCUGACCAGCUACGCCAUGACUUUCAACCUGCUGUUUGGAUGGAGCAUCUCUGACUACCAGAGCUUCUUCAGCUCUGCAGUGACUGUUGUUGGCUCCUUGAUGGGAAUUUCGAACCACAAAGAGGUUAUUUCUUUACACCCAGUCCUGGGCUUCUUUCUGAUCCUCACCAGUGUCAUCUUGAUGGGACUUGUCAUUAUUAAUCUCUUUGUUUCUGCCAUUCUCAUUGCCUUUGGAGAAGAAAGAAAGUCCCUUAAGAAAGAAGCUGCACUAACAGACAUGUUACUACAGAAGCUCUCAAGUUUGUUAGCGAUCCGCCAGCACAACCCUUCAGCCGAGAAGCAGAACAACAGGUACUGUUGAUGUCUUAGAUAAGCUAUCUUAAUCUUGUUAGUUUACUACAUUUGAGCAUAUGAUUGCUAAUUUGUAUGGCAUGAUAGAAAUACAACAGCACUUUUUGCAGGCAGGUCUCUGGUAGACAGAAACCAGCCUGGUUUGUAUAGCAAGUUUCAGGACAGCUGGGGCUACAGGGAGACCCUGUCUCAAAAAAACAACAAAAAAGAAUAGAGCAUAAAUCAACCAGCUCUGCUGCCAACCAGCAAGAGACAGAAUGCACACCACCCAGGUCCCAGGAGGGUGGUGGAAAAUGAGUUUACAAGUGAGCUCACCUGCAACUUACUAAAAAAGACUCAUAUGGGUGCUGUGCCACAAAGGAGCAGCGUUUGAGCUCAAGACAGGAGUGGAAAUGAGUCCCUGGCCACUCCUACACAUCUCCAAUACUGAGGGAGGAAGUGAAGACUCGAUCUGGUCUGUGCACCACUAUGGGUCACUUGGGUAAUAUUCUGCCCUAAAAUUCAAAUUCAUCAUGUUACAAUACUAGAGAAAGCAGGACACAGGAUCUUUAUUAACAGCUAUUGAGCUAUAAGAUAAAACCAAUCAAAACCAUUAAAGAAAAGUUGCUUCAAACAGGUAUACAGAGAUAUUACAUAUAAUCAAAAAUCUUAUCUUCCAGUCCCAAAGCCAACAUCUUGAGGAAGGAUGGCCUUGGAAAGGAGCAACGAAGCACGUAAGUUACAAUAUGAGAGUCUCAUCCACCCAGGAAAGCAUUAACUACAGCCACAUGGGCACUAAACUUUGAUAACCGUUUUCAAAGAAAUCAUAAAAGUUUUCAAAUGAACACGUGCCCCUCUUCUGUAGGCUUUCCAGCUCAUUACCCAAGACACUUGAGUACUUCUAUUAAGGCAGCUGGAAGCCCACCCUGGGCUUGAAUGGUGACUUUUGUCCAGUAUGUGACCUGUGCUUGCUUUGUGAGUUAACAUGCUAUGGAGAAAAAUUUCUACAGUGCUGCUUGCUCCUAAAAGGGAAAUACAGCAAUCAAAGCAAAAAGCCACAGAGGGCUCCCUGAGAAUCCAGUAGAACUAAGAGGAGGACUUUUCCAAGUGAACUUUGCAACUGGAUCCAGGUGGAACAGUGCCCUGCAGCGAGUAGUGUAUAAGCCAAUGAGAACCAGCCUCCAGGAACCAUUACAGUGGCUUCCUGAGCCAUCUUCAAACAUGGUCUUGAUUCUCUCUACAAUCCCCCUGUACAGAGGGAUGGGUUUCCAAGUCUCAGACACUCCAUGGGGGUGCUCUCCUCCACGGUCCAGCCAUCUCUGGUGACUACACCCAUAAUACUUCAUCUUCUCACUCCCUUGGAGAGGAAAUGGCUAGGAGAGAAUCAAGGGUCUGACAGGAAGACAAGCAGGAAGACAGCUGCUCGGAGCCAACUGCUCUAGCCUCAGUCUCCAGCUGUUAGUAUCUUAGUAUCACUAGAAAACUGGAAAGCAACACAACUGGUAGAGCAGGAAGA